AUGGCAACGUUUGCGUUUGCGCUUCCUGAACUCGGCGAGAGCAUCGAGUCGGGGGACGUCGUCCAGGUAUUGGUCGCGGUGGGUGACGAGAUCACCGCCGAACAGUCGGUGCUGGAACUCGAGACCGACAAGGCAGUGGUUGAGGUGCCGUCGCCUGUCAGCGGCUCGGUUACGGCGAUUCACGUGGCGCCAGGAGACAAAGCGGCGGUCGGGCAGCUGAUUGUGACGCUGGAAACGGAUGGCGCCGCGGCGGCAAAUGGUGCUCCCGCUCCAGCCGAACCGCCGGCAGAGGCAGAACCGGAGCCCCCUGCGCCCCCCGUAGCAGCCGAGACGGCCGUUGCCGCGCCCGCAAGCCCGCCAGCGCCCGAGGCGCGGGAAGCCCGUUCCGGUGCACCGGCAGCACCUUCGGUACGGCGGUUAGCGCGAGAAAUCGGCGUUGAUAUCCAUAAGGUCCCCGGCUCGGGACCGGGCGGGCGCGUGUCUGCCGAUGACGUCAAACGUUACGCUCGAACAACACAACCCGAUAAACCCACCGCCGCACCGGCCAACGUGCCGGCUGCCGUGACCCUGCCAGACUUCACUCGUUGGGGGGACAUCGAGCGACGGCCAAUGAACAACGUGCGCCGCCUGACCGCCGACCAAAUGGCGCGCACGUGGGCCACCGUGCCGCAGGUGACGCAAUACGAUCAGGCUGAUAUCACCGAGCUUGAGCAGUUGCGGCAGAAAUACGCCCCCAAAGCCGUUGCGGCAGGCGGCAGGCUCACCAUCACGGCCAUUGUCCUGAAAGUGGUUGCCGCCGCUCUCAAACGGUUUCCGCAGUUCAACGCCAGCGUCGACAUGGCGACCCAUGAAGUCAUCUACAAACAUUACUACCACGUCGGCGUGGCGGUGGACACCGACCGCGGCCUGUUGGUCCCGGUCAUCCGCGACGUGGAUCACAAGAACAUCCUCACCCUCGGCGUCGAGCUGACACAACUCGCUGAGCGCGCCCGCAGCCGCAAAACCAGCCUGGAGGAAAUGCAGGGCGGCACCUUUACCAUCACCAACCUGGGCGGCAUCGGCGGCACGGGCUUCUCGCCCAUCCUCAACGCCCCGGAAGUCGCCAUUCUCGGCAUGGCACGCAGCCGCAUCCAGCCCGUGCACGCAGACGGCCAAUUCGUGCCGCGCCUGAUGCUGCCGCUUAGCCUGUCGUAUGACCACCGACUGAUCGACGGCGCCGACGGCGCCCGUUUCCUCCGCUGGGUGGUGGAAGCCUUGUCGCAACCCUUCCUGCUCAGCCUGGAAGGUUAA